AUGUCCCAUCCCGAUGCUGACUUACAUCCAGUCGCAACUGGUCUCGCCAAGAAGACAGUUGAUGAACACUCGGCCGAGCAGCCGUUGAAGCUGUUUGCAGGCUGGUUCUGUCCUUUCGUACAGCGGGUGUGGAUUACGCUCGAGGAGAAAGGUAUCCCGUACCAGUAUAUCGAGAUCAACCCGUAUCAUAAGGGACCUGAGCUCCUGCGCGCCAAUCCGCGCGGCCUCGUGCCCACGCUCGAGGUCGCGCCGGGCAAGUCCUUGUACGAGAGCACCGUGCUGUGCGAGUAUCUCGAGGACCACUAUCCCGACCACAAGCCGCAUAAGGCGGGGAAAGACGAUUACACGCGCGCGAGGGCGCGCAUCUGGACCGACUUCGUCACGAGCCGCGUGGUACCGGCUUUCCACCGGCUGCUGCAGUUCCAGCCGUUGAAGCACGAGGGCGGAGGAGAGGAGAGGCUCGACGAGCUCCGGCGGGAGUUUAGGUCACGUCUUCUGGAGUUCGCGAGGGAGAUGGAUCCUCGGGGGCCGUUUUUCUUUGGGCCUGAGUUGAGUCUGGUGGAUAUUGUGAUGAUCCCUUGGGCGGUUCGUCUCUGGGUGUUCGAGGAGUUCAAGGGCGGCUUACGUGUUCCUGAGCCCGGGCAGGGCGGACCGGAUGAAGAAGCUUGGGCCCGGUGGCGGAAGUGGUUGGACGCGAGUUCAAGCCGAGAGAGCGUUAGGAAGACGACUAGCGAGCAAGAGCACUAUUUGCCUAUCUACAAGCGUUAUGCGGAAGAUUUGGCACAGUCCGAGUUGGCCAAAGCUACAAGAGCCGGUAGGGGGGUCCCGUGA